AUGGCACCCUACAAGGACGAUCUUCUGAAUGAGCCCAAGAAGCGAGGCAUGUAUCAGUGGGUACUCAUUGCGUUCUACUUGACGUGUGCCGCGCUUGUCCACUACGGUAUGUGGGUGCAGUCCGGUUCUUGGGGCUUGGGCAGUCAGUUCGGGCAAAUCAUUUCCACGGGAUCAUUCCCAGACGACCCCAAGUUUCCUCUCAAGCGGACGUACGUCGGAAUCCCGGCCAUCGAUGACUAUCUUGUCUUUCUGGCUGCUGCAUACAUGCCUGGACUCUGCUCCUGGAACAAGAGAUUCGGGACUUUACAAAUGUACUUUCUCGGACAUUUGAUCCAGCCUAUUGCUAUCUGGACUAUCGAGGCAUUCCGGAGUCGCAACACGAUGACGUUAUUGGCACUUCCCACCAUCUGGUUCACGUUGGUUCAGUGGGCCGGCGUUGGCAUCUACAUGCCCAUUUACUACGCUGUCUACACGUGGAUUUCCGACGUGGAAUCGUAUUGGUCGCCGUUGAAGCGGUUCGUUCCCAUCAAAUACGCAAAGACACUGCUGGCCGCCAACUUCGUCGGGUACAUCCUACCAACCAUCUUGAUGUUUAUCCCUUGGAGCAACCCAUACACCAUCCAGAAUUUCGAGGCCCUCUGGCAAGUGUCGCCGAUGCUCGUACCGCUACUCACAAUGAUUUUCGGCACCAUAUAUGCCUGGCAGAGCCCGAAGUCGUCUGAGGAUAAGCUUAAUCCGCUCUCAAAAGAGGAACCGAGUGAUCUUGCUAGCCUGAAGCUGAUCUAUAUUGUCACCGGCGCCUGUGGAGUCUUUCUACAUUGGGGGAUCAUGAUCAAACUCUUGACCUCAACUGACCCUGGCUUGACCUUUGGCAGUGUCUUUUUGCCAGAUUGGUCGGCGACUGCCAAGCCCUUAGGUGAAGGAAUUAAAAAUCUGUUCCUGGCCGACUUCUGGGGAUACUACCUGGCAUCUUACGUUUGGUGUGCCAGUGCUAUUUGGGACCUCAAUCGCGUUGGCCAAACGGAUAUAGAUAUCACCACCGCAUCUGUGGCAAUCUUAGCCGGACACUUCAUCGUCGGGCCUGGUGCCGCUAUGUCUGCCGUGUGGUACUAUAGGGAGGAUGUUAUGGCUCUCCAUACUGUUCCCAAGAAGGAGAAGUUACACCGCAAUUAG